AAGCCUGAAAGCUCAUGUGACGUAGCUGAUACUUUUCACUCCGACUGUCUUCAUUAACUUGAAAACCUCUCCGUUUUUUUUUUUUAUGAUACAGCGGCUAUCAUGCGUUUUCACUUCAACCGGAGGAGUUGUUGCCCUAACUCUCCUAGCAUCCGUGAUGAACCCGCUACCAUUUAUAGCCUCGCGGUGACAAACAAUCUUAUUAUGAGAUUUAAACUUUGCCUCGGCUAGAAUGGAGGAUCAACAUGCGCUCCUUUCGCACUUAUUCCCCGCAGCUUCACUACUGAUACAGUAAUACCUAUCCAGCAUUCGUACCCGCCUCUUUUGAUUGCGGUUAAACGCCGGUGUCAGCUCUCGGGUUUAAUAGAAAAACCCCAAGCUGGACUCCCGGUCUGUUCAGCAUACAUAAAGGCGAGCGGUGAGAGGAGCUCAGCCCUGAAUUAAAUCACUCGCCACUAAAUGGAUCUUUGAGACUCUCCCUUGACACAGUCAGCCGAGGCUGUGUGCGUCUUCGACCCGAAAACAGAGAACUGGGAUUCUUUUUUUUUAUGUUUCACUAUCGAACAGAACGAACUCCUGUCUCUUUGAAAAUAUAUUGUGUUCGUGGUGACAUACAGUAAGAACCCAGCCUUGCAUCAGGAAGAGCCUCUUGCUCCGCGAUCGUCAAGCAGAGUUCAAAAGGAGAAAUCAGUUAACAUCUGUACUGCUGGAGGACAAAAGGGAUGCUUUCUCACACUGAGGACUUCAACCUAGGUUCCAGAGGUUACUCCUCCGUGCACAUAAAGAAGAAAGGAAGACAGUGGCAGAAACAAUAAGAUGAGACCAUUUAAUGAUGGUAACCUCGAAGAAGAAAAGCACAAGCCAACCUGAGACGGUGAAAUCUCUUUUAAGCAUUAACACAACUUCAAAUGCGGGCAAACCUCAUGGAAAAAAACUGAGUGUAAGGGCGGAUUCUCAAAAAAUGUUUUGAUUGGUACAUGGGGACAAUACCAUCCAUCAAUGAGAAGGAGACAAAUAACAGCAUUGUUUCUGACCCGGAGAACAGUUGAACAACCAGCUGAUCUUCAAGGAUUGUCUCAGCUGCACUGAAAACACAGCAGUGUCCCCCCCCUCUCAUUUUUUUGGUCCUGCACAUGACUCUCAGAAAAGCACCAAUGGCCUGCAGCUCAGGCAUGGUGAUGAGUGCCUUGUUUUGGUCUGUAGCCAUUGUAUAUUUGACUCAUAUUGGCAGAGUCAGUGGAGACUGCUGGUUAAUUGAGGGGGAAAAGGGCUUUGUAUGGCUUGCAAUUUGUAGCCAAAACCAACCACCUUAUGAGGCCAUCCCACAGCAUAUCAACAGCACCAUUGUGGACCUUCGUCUGAAUGAAAACAAAAUCAAAAGUAUCCAUUAUUCUGCCCUCAGUCGCUUUGCCAACUUGACCUACCUGAACCUUACAAAGAAUGAAAUCUCCUACAUAGAGGAUGGGGCCUUUUCUGCUCAGUUUAACUUGCAAGUCCUUCAAAUGGGCUUCAACAAGUUGCGAAAUCUGACAGAGGGGAUCCUCAGAGGUUUAGGAAAGCUGCAGUACCUCUACCUCCAGGCAAACCUGAUUGAGACUGUGACACCCAAUGCCUUUUGGGAAUGCCCCAACAUUGAGAACAUUGACCUCUCCAUGAACCGAAUCCAGCAGUUAGACGGGUCUACGUUUACAAGUUUGACUAAACUAACCACCUGCGAACUGUACACCAACCCUUUCAACUGCUCUUGUGAAUUAUUUGGUUUUGUCAAAUGGCUCUCAGUUUUCCCAAACAGGACAAAUGAGCGGAUGGUCUGCGACUCCCCACCUGGCGUCUCUAGUUACAGUUUAUUGAGCCAGAAUCCAAACAAUCCAACAUAUCGAAAUGCGCUUCACAUACUCACCUCUGUGUGUACUGAUGACUACGUGACUCCAUUUAUUCCUAUGCCCAUUGAGCCCACAACACCUGCGCCAGACUCCACACUCUGUGGGCUGGAAGAUUGUCCCUCAGGCACAGAACCAGAAGACAUUACCAUCAGUACAACCUACAAUGAUGUAGAAGUAAACCCUCUGAUGAAACUGAAGCAAGUAUCAAACACAGGUGCCAUCAUCACGGUUCAGAUUCCUCACCCCUACAAGAAGAUGUACAUCCUGGUUCUGUACAACAACAGUUUUUUCACAGAUAUUCAAAACCUGAAAGACAUAAAGGAGGACAUUGAACUAAAAAGCCUUAAACCCCACACAAACUACACAUACUGUGUCGCUUCAAUACGUAAUUCUCUUAGACACAACCACACUUGUCUGACACUCACUACUGGCCCUUGGAAUGGAAAGGAUAGAGUUGUAAACAAUGCAACUGCUACUCACUACAUUAUGACAAUCUUGGGCUGCCUCUUUAGCAUGGUAAUUUUUCUGGGUGUGGUCUACUAUUGCUUGCGAAGAAAGCGUCAGCAAGAUGAAAAGCACAAAAAAGCAGGUAGCCUGAAGAAAAAUAUUAUAGAACUCAAAUAUGGACAAGAACUGGAGGGAGCGACUAUUUCUCGAAUGUCGCAGAAGCAGCUGUUGGCCGGGGAGAGCAUGGCACGUAUGCCGUAUUUACCAUCUGCAACUGAAAGGGAGCAGUACAAAUUUCAAGAGAUAAGUGAUACUCCUAAAAUGAUGAAAGGAAAUUACAUGGAGGUGCGAAGCAUGGACCACCAUGAACGCAGGGAGUGUGACAUGGGAAUGGCUGGGAAUAGCCAGGGGUCAGUGGCAGAGAUUUCCACCAUUGCAAAAGAAGUGGAUAAGGUCAAUCAGAUAAUUAACAAUUGUAUAGACGCUCUAAAGUCAGAAUCCACCUCUUUUCAAGGGAAAUCUGGAGCAGUCUCCACUGCAGAGCCCCAGCUUGUACUAAUAUCAGAACACCCACAGAGUCAAUCUGGCCUUCUUUCCCCAGUGUAUACGGACAGCUAUCACCACUCUCUGCAGAGGCAUCGGACCUCUGAUGUCUCGCCAAAGAGGCCCAGCACUGCCACAGGAGGGCCUAUGCGAAGUCCCAGGCCUUAUCGCUCUGAAUCCAAGUACAUAGAGAAAACCUCCCCAACAGGAGAGACCAUGCUCACUGUAACACCCACUGCCGCCAUCCUGAGGGCAGAGGCAGAGAAGAUCCGUCAUUAUGACCACCGGCACUCAUAUCCUGAUGCUCAGAUAGAGGAGCUUGAAAGACCUGACAGCCACAAGUCCUCCAUGCUGGAGCCUCUUACUCACUCCCGCGCCAGAGACUUAGCAUAUUCCCAGCUGUCAUCUCAGUAUCACAAUCUAAGCUACUCCUCCAGUCCCGAAUACUACUGCAAACCUUCACACAGCAUCUGGGAGCGAUUCAAACUCCACCGAAAACGGCACAAAGAUGAGGAAUACAUGGCUGCGGGCCAUGCACUGCGUAAGAAAGUCCAGUUUGCAAAGGAUGAGGACCUGCAUGAUAUUUUAGAUUACUGGAAAGGUGUAUCAUCCCAACAGAAGUCAUAACAUAUUUAGGGGUUUUAAAAUGGACCACACAUUGCAGAAAAGACACAAGAACCUCAUCUGACAAUUGAAUCAAUGGAAACUUCCAUAUUAUAAUCAACUACUCACUCACAUUCUCUUUUAACUGUGAGGAAAAUAGGGUAAAGAGUCUUUAAAUUUGUAAUAUUAUGUAAAGCAUUCAUCGGGAAAACUUAUCUAUUAAAGAGAAAAUAUAUUGCAAAUUAAUAAUAUAUAUGUUACAAUGGAUUAUUAAAGUUUUUGGGUAUCGCAUGGCCAAGUCCUGUGACAGUGGAUUUGCUGUUGUGUAAUAUGAAACUAUUAUAUGAAGAUAUGUCUACUGAAACCUCAAUAUUCUUUUGAGGAACUAUCUGGACUCUUCAUUCAAAAAGAACCUUUUCUUUUUUCCCUGCAUAUAUUUCAUUAAACAAAAACUAUGUACAGAUAUGGGUAUCUACAUUUGCAAUGUUUGCUGUGUAAAUUGUAAAUGGAUAAGUAUUAGUGGUCGAAUCAGGUUCAUCAAAUGAAGCGCUGUUCAUUUAGAGUUAACUUGUUGCUGAAGAACAGCCACUUUUAAUCCUGUCAGAACAUUUGUCAUUUUAACCGUCACCGCCUGUUUUUUUAAUUCUUUUUUUUAAGCUUUUACAUGCAUUUAAAAGAUAAAGACUAUUCAGUUUUAAUGUCCCUUUUCUCCACACAAAACAGUAUUCACUGCAUGGAAUGUGAUAGACUUCAUGUACACAAGAUGCAGUAUAUUACAUGCUAAAAUGAAAGUCUCAAUCAUCAGUUUUAUGAACCAUCAUUUGUAUCUUUAGUACCAAAGUAGAAAAGCUGAAUUGUUUACAAUAUUCCUGCACGGUCUGGGAAUCGUACGAACAUACAGUAGUAGGUCCAUGUUGACUUUCUUUCCAUUUUUUAAUUGUAUCAGUUACUGAGUGAAAACACUGGGAAACAAUAAUAUCCACAUACUGGAUAUGGUAUUGAAAGCCUACUCACUAACAUUUUAAGGCAAGGCAGCUGUACUUUGUCACCUGUUUAGGUAGAGACAGCUGUUGUUUCCUGCAGGAGAGCCCGAUGGAUGAAUGUAACAGAUACAUAUCCUGAUCUGUCUAUGGCAGCUUUCAUGUAAGGAAAUAUUUAUUUGAUGCUAUUAACGACUGUUUCUUUCCUUUGCUUCAAUAUUUCUUCCAGUGUAUUAUAUUGCAUAAUGUCUGAUCCGAUAAAUGCAGGAAAGUAGUUUGGGCCUUGUUGCUUGCGGAGAGGUUUCAUUUUAUUUUUAACUGCUAGGCUGUUAAAUCUUUUUGUGUAUUAUUAAGCUACGUACCAGACGAUAAUCAACGUGCUAGAGUAAAAUUUAAGAAUGUGAAACUGAAUCCUCUGACUUACUGGCUGUGAAUUUGUAUAUCAUGACAUCUUUUGAGUAAAUAUUAACGCUUUGUCUUUGUAAGAUGUUUUUACAACUCAUUCCAGACAGGCUCAUAAUGAUUCAUUGCAUAUUCAUGAAUGAGCAAUACAUAAUGUAUUUUAACUUUCCCACUCAUUCGAAGAAUUGUGAUGAUGUAACUUUAAAUGGAUGUGUGUGUUUUAAAAAGCAAAGAACAGCUAUUUAAGGGUUAGGCAGUUAUGCCUCACAUAGGAACGUUUGGACUUUGCGUGGAAAUAAAUAUUAAACAUUCCGAUAUACAUAAAUAAAAAGCAGAACAGACAUACUCUGUGUUGAGAUGAGCAUCAGAGUCUGCAAUCUGAUAGCAGGGCUGACCUGAGGGAACGGAUUUGUCUGGUGACAUGGUUUUUUCAUCAACUCUUAUUUGCCAUUAGUCAUUCAGUAUGUAAGAAUAACUGCAGGCAUUAGUUAACCCAUUUGUAUUUUUCUGUGUCAUAAUUCUGCGUCCAUUUCGUAAGUGUGUCAUGACGCUGAUAUUAUUCAUUGAUGUGAAAUGAAGCAUUCAUGAGCCUGAUGUGAAUGUGUUAUGUAAGCACCUUAUGAAGUGUUAACUUGGUUGUCUGACUUAAUAUUUCAACCGCCUUAAGAUUUUGGGAUAUGUGUAUAAGUGUAAAUUUCCUUUUGUUUCAUUUCAAUGUUGAAACUGUUGACAAGUCUCCAUUUGUUGUUAUUUUUUAUAAAAGCAUUUCAGUAUCUUCUGAGAGCUGUCAGGUUUCUAGUUCAUUUAGCUAUUUAGCAACAUGUUUUUAUACUGCACAUUGUAGCACUUCUGUGUCUAAAAAGAGUGUUGAUAAAACCUUUAGAAAGAUCAACAGUUGUUCAAGUGCAUCAAAACAAACAAGAGCACAAAAUAUGUUUUUUUUUAUUUCUUAAUACUAUGUUAUCAACUUUCAGACAAAGUACUGUGAAAUAAAGUUAAGGGUGCACAUAUAGU